UCCAAUCUUCCCUUCCUCCCCACCUUUUCCAGGUCAGAUCAACACCAUAACUUAUUAGUAAUUUUUGUCUGAUUGCAAUUCCCUCCGAUUUGAGUAAUCUGAUGAUAAACUCUUCGAUGGAUGCUGUUCGUUGCGAUAGGAAGCUAGCCGAUUGCUUAUUGGGCUAAACUGUGGGAAAACACUUGAUUCUGUUGCUCUUCCCUAGCCUGCUAAAUCUCUUUCCGUAAACCAUGAUUUUGAUCUUCAGGCGUUUUCGUUUCGUGCUGAUAAGGAAUCAUUGAGAGAGCCUCGCAGCGUGAGGGUAGGCCUGGUUCAGAAUUCUAUAGCUCUUCCAACUACAGAACCGUUCCUUGAUCAGAAACGAGGCAUCUUUGAGAAAUUGACACCGAUCAUUGAAGCAGCAGGCGCUUCUGGGGUCAACAUACCAUGUUUGCAGGAGGCGUGGACGAUGCCAUAUGCAUUCUGCACUCGCGAGAAGAAAUGGUGUGAGUUUGCAGAGCCGGUAGAUGGAGAGUCGACAAAAUUUCUUCUGGAGUUUGCUCGGAGGUACAACAUGGUUAUAGUGAGCCCUAUCCUUGAAAGGGGCGUGAACCACGGGGAGACACUUUGGAACACUGCUGUGAUAAUUGGAAAUCAUGGCAACAUAAUCGGGAAGCACAGAAAGAAUCAUAUACCUAGAGUUGGGGACUUCAACGAAAGCACGUACUAUAUGGAAGGGAACACCGGGCAUCCUGUGUUCGAGACGGCUUAUGGAAAGAUUGCUGUCAAUAUAUGUUAUGGGAGGCAUCAUCCCCUUAACUGGUUAGCUUUCGGGUUAAAUGGUGCCGAGAUAGUUUUUAACUCAUCAGCAACUGUCGGUGAACUUAGCGAAUCAAUGUGGCCCAUUUAGGCACGUAAUGCAGCCAUAGUGAAUAGUUACUUUGUGUGUUCGAUCAAUCGUGUUGGGACUGAGCAUUUCCCAAAUCCAGUCACCUCAGGGGAUGGGAAGCCACAGCAUGCAGAUUUUGGGCAUUUCUAUGGUUCCAGCUAUGUUUCAGCGCCCGACUCCUCGUGCACGCCAUCUCUGUCCCAGUACAGGGAUGGCUUGCUGAUAUCGGACAUGGAUCUUAACCUCUGCCGGCAACUAAAGGACAAGUGGGGAUUUCGCAUGACUGCCCGGUACGAGAUCUAUGCAGAUUUGCUUGCUCAUUACGUGAAGCCCGAUUUCGAACCCCAGGUCAUUGCUGAUCCACUGUUGCAGUUUAAUGAGAUGUGGAAGAAACUAGGAAUUUGCUGUUGUUGUAUUUGUAAUGUGCCUUUGCCAUAAACAUUGCAACUUGCAUGCUUCUUUAAACGUCAAUGCUGUGUUUUGUGGUAAACUGUGAGACUUUGCAAACCAUUUUUUACUGAAUAAAAGUCAUCACAAAUUCUUAAAAAAUUUAUAAUCCUAAUUUGGUAUGAUAAACUUGUGAUAAUAGGUAACAAAAUUCCAGCGAAGUAUACAAAAUUUUAUAUCAAAACAAAAAAUUAUGUAAUGGUCCAGAGUCCCAUUUUUUUUGUAUGUUACUCAUAAAUAAAUUGUUUUUAUAAUAAUUUAUUUAGUAACACAUUAAAGUAAAUAUUUAUUUCAAGCAAAAUUGAAGUUUCAAAAAUUAUAUAGUCGAAAUAAAGAAAAACAUAAAUAGAAAUAUGUAAAAUUUUAAAAUACUAGUAGUAAAAUGUGGUGACAAGAGUACCUCAAUUUUAAAAUGUGGAGUCAUUUUCUAUUUUAGUAAAAUUUAACACAUUUUUCUUCACUUUUUACUAUUCUUUUGUCAUUUCUACCUUUUUUUCAUUUUCUAAUUUGUUAUUUCUUUAUUUAAUUCACUUAAUCUAAUUUUUCUCCUAUUGAAAUAAAAUGUCUCCAGUAAUAUGGAAUGGAGGAAGUAGUAUUCCCGAGGUUAAUUAAAUAUCAGAAGUAAAAUUCAUAAAUAUAUGAAUUUAUUUAUAAACAAAUCGGAAAAAAUCUAACAGAAAAUUGAGAACCUCUAAAAAAAGUUGCUGUAUUGGUAUCCAACGUCAGUCAGCAUCAAAUUCUAUCAUCCUUAUCCUUCUUCUUCUUCUUUUUCCUUCUACUCUCUCUCUCAAUUCACAGUAGUAAUAACAACACGGUGUUCAAUUUCGUAUUGCUUCGUGAAUUUCGAUAGCAAGGGUGUAAAUUUCUGUAUCUGUCUAUCGAUUACUUUUUUCUGUGCUGUGCGAGGUGUUCAACAAUGGCGUCGAUAUGCCCGCCGACGUUCCCGUCGCCGCACACGGAUCCUAUUCAUCGGGAGCUGAACUUUUUUCAUUCGAGAUUCAACUCGUCCAUGCUCAGGAAAAAAUUGCAAUCGGGAGUUUCUCUGUCUAGGGUUCCUGAAUCCCCUUUCUGCUGCCGUUGCAACGAUAGGGGAAGUGGCGGCUGGGAUGGCUCCGAUUCAGGUGCUGAGGACGCGUGGUGGUGGGACUUUGGUAUUCAGGAGACUAUUAGAAAUGCGAUUAAGCGUUUUGAUGAUUACUUGAGCUCGUUGAGGGAUCAAAGGGCGGAUGGGACGCUGAUUGUGGCGGAGAAGUGGGGGGAUGGAGAGGAGGAGUGGGAUUGGGAGAGGUGGAGGAAACAUUUCGUCGAGGUUGAUGAGCAGGAGCGCAUUGUGUCGAUUUUGAAGUCUCAGUUAGCUACUGCAAUUCAAAGGGAGGAUUAUGGAGAGGCUGCUAGGAUAAAGGUGGUAAUUGCAGCUGCUGCUAGGAGCGACACUGUUGGCAGGGUGAUGUCCUAUCUAAAGAAAUCUGUGGAGGCAGAGCGAUAUGGAGAUGCAGCUCUUAUACGUGAUCAUGCAGGGGCUGGUUUGGUUGGAUGGUGGGCUGGAACUUCAGAUGAUACUAAUGAUCCUUAUGGUCGCAUUAUACAUAUAAGCGCUGAGUAUGGAAGAUACAUUGCUAGAAGUUAUAGUCCUAGGCAGUUGGCAACAGCUUCGGUCGGUGCUCCCGUGUUUGAAGUGUACCUAAGAGACAAUAAAGAAGGUGAUUAUAAGCAGCAGGCCGUUUACUUAAAGCGCAAAGGAACUACGGAAGAUGUUUAUGUUCCAUCCUUCAAGUCAUCAGGGGGUUCCAGAAGCCUGGACUCUCUUGAUGCAAGAGAUAACAAAAGCAAGCUAUUCGAAAGAAGUUCUGAAGAUACAGAAGACGGUGAGGAUAGGGAUGACGAUAUUGGUUUUGAUAAUAUCCUGCAAGACAUGAUUCCUGGUGUGAAAGUCAAGGUUGUGAAAGUAACAGCACCCGAGAAGGUCGACAGGGAUAUAAUAUCUAAGGUGAUUGAACAAAUAAUAGAUGAAGAGGAUGAAGAAAAGGACUAUGACAUAGAAAAUGUAGAUGUUGACACUGAGAUUCAAAGUGAAAAUGAGGACGAGCACAGUGACACUGAUAUUAAAAAUGAAAAUGAUGACGAGCACAGUGACACUGAUCUGGAUUCUGGUAGUGAUAUAGCUGACGAAGAUGACCAACAUCAAAUCGCACUUCAGGUCGUUGUUGGUGAUGGUUUUCUCCAGAAAUUGUCUCGUGGUGCCCAUGCUAAAGACUUGCUUCGUGUUCCAGCAAGGCUAGAGAAAAAGGGUCGGAUGACAUUUACAUUUACAGUGGAGGAAGAUGUUAAUGAGCUCCAACCUGGUGGAGAUGGACAGUCUGCAAAAAACAAAAGAUCUAAACUGCCAGGCCAGCGUAGCAUCGACAAUCUUAUGCUUGAUUUCGUUAAAUCCAUUGGCAAAGGGAAGAUUCCCAUGAAGGUUCUUCGAGAUGUAGGUGAACUAAUAAACCUUACACUCAAUCAAGCUCGAAACAGUCAGCCACUCUCUGGGUCCACCACAUUUAGUCGCAUUGAUGCUUCUUCGUCUUCAGAUCCACUAAAUGGGUUAUACAUUGGUGCGCAUGGGCUCUACACUUCAGAAGUUAUUCAUAUGAGGCGGAGAUUUGGCCAGUGGAAUGAGGAUGGGAGCACAAAGAAACCUUCGAAAAUUGAAUUUUAUGAGUAUGUUGAAGCUGUUAAAUUAACUGGAGAUGCUUAUGUUCCAGCUGGCCAGGUUGCGUUUCGUGCAAAAGUAGGGAAAAAGUAUCAGCUUCCACAUAAAGGGAUUAUCCCUGAAGAAUUUGGGGUGAUUGCUCGAUAUAGAGGUCAAGGAAGGUUAGCCGAGUCUGGAUUUCAGAAUCCUCGAUGGGUUGAUGGUGAACUUGUUAUAUUGGAUGGAAAGUAUAUCAAAGGAGGCCCUGUUGUUGGUUUUGUUUACUGGGCUCCUGAAUACCACUUCUUGGUAUUCUUCAAUCGACUCAGGCUGAUGGAUUGAGUACUUGUCCCAUCAAAUUCGGAUGCUAUUGUUUUUAUUUGCUCAUAGAUAAUUGUAUGUCCCCGCUAUCCCUACGAAGAUGACUCACUUCCCUUUCUGGUACUUGUGCAAUUGAAGUGGCAGUUAUGGCCCGAGCCCUCUCUCUUCAUACUCGUGGGAAGUUGGAGAAGACGAGCAAUCAGAACAAAUCCUUGUAGCUGACCCCUUUCCCGGUGAGCUAUGUGAACCAUUGCGGUAGUCGACUUGACAUUAACCGUGAUUUUUUGAGUUAUAAUGUUUACUGGAUAACAGGCUGAUCUAACUUAUGCCUAGCCUGUCCUCAGAAUGUGUAUAUAUCUAUUGCCAAUUGGUAGCAAGUUCAGCAUCCAAUGUUGUAUGGGAAUAAUAAUGCUUUGGAUUUCCCUAUAGGUUCAUAGUUUCACAGAGCAGUUUUAUUUUGUAAUCUGUGUAAACACAGUUAAUUUAUGUCAUAAUUUUGUUAUGUUCUCA